ACAUCCGUGAUGACGGAAUCAAGGGAGCCGUGCUGUCCUGCUCACUAUUUAUUGAAGAGCUCAGCACUCUGCUCAUCUUGCACUCAGGUUGCUCGUGGACGAGCCACGAGGAUUCUCAGUUAGAAUAAAGCCACACUGACGGCUCUCACUCUUCUUCUGAUUCGUUUUAUUCCCGAUGCUUGGUCGUCUGUGUUCAGACAUUUCGCCCUCCAGUUUCUCUCAACAGCAGUAGCAGCGGACACCUGUCGCAUUUCAGGCUUUAACGAUGAGAGGACGAUGGCGCUCUUACUUCAUGACAGCCUUGGUCUCCAUGAUCGCACUGCACACACGGUCCAAAGCUGAUGCAACACGCAAAGACAUCACAACGUUCACUAAGAUCCUGGACAGUCUCCUAGAUGGCUAUGACAACAGGCUGAGACCUGGCUUGGGUGACCGUGUAACAGAAGUCAAGACUGAUAUCUAUGUGACCAGCUUUGGCCCAGUGUCAGACACAGACAUGGAGUACACUGUGGAUGUUUUCUUCCGUCAAAGUUGGAAGGACGAGCGAUUAAAGUUCCAUGGUCCAAUGAACAUUCUGCCUCUUAACAACUUGAUGGCCAGUAAAAUCUGGACUCCUGAUACCUUCUUUCACAAUGGCAAGAAGUCAGUGGCCCAUAACAUGACAAUGCCCAACAAACUACUGAGGAUUAUGGAGGAUGGAACACUGCUGUAUACUAUGAGGCUAACAGUUCAAGCUGAGUGUCCCAUGCACCUGGAAGACUUUCCCAUGGACUCUCAUUCAUGUCCUCUCAAGUUUGGCAGCUACGCCUACACAAAGACUGAAGUUACUUACAUUUGGACUCGAAAUGCCUCCCAGUCAGUAGAUGUGGCAGCUGAUGGAUCUAGACUCAACCAGUAUGACUUGGUGGGCCAAACUGUGGGGAAGGAGACAAUUAAAUCCAGCACUGGUGAAUACACGGUCAUGACUGCCCACUUCCACCUGAAGAGGAAAAUUGGAUAUUUUGUGAUCCAGACAUAUUUGCCCUGUAUCAUGACAGUAAUCCUCUCCCAGGUUUCUUUUUGGCUCAAUCGAGAGUCUGUUCCAGCCAGAACUGUAUUUGGUGUAACCACAGUGCUCACAAUGACCACGCUAAGUAUUAGUGCCCGCAAUUCACUGCCCAAAGUGGCCUAUGCGACAGCGAUGGACUGGUUCAUAGCUGUGUGCUAUGCUUUUGUCUUCUCUGCGCUUAUUGAAUUUGCCACUGUCAACUACUUCACCAAGCGAGGCUGGGCCUGGGAUGGAAAGAGUAUCGUCACUGACAAGGUGGCUGCCCCAAGGAAGCAGGAGGAAGAGAGGAUGGGUUCAUGUUCUGCAGGGCUGGAGGGGGAUGAGUACAUGCGAGAAAGGUUGUCAGGCUUGCUGUUGCGGGAACCAGGGCGGAAGGAGAGGCUGAAGUUAAAUCAGCUCAGGAAGAGGGCCCAGCGAGCUUGUCAGGGGUUUAGACGUUUGGCGGAACGGAGGUAGGCAAGGUUUUUGUGAUCGGUCCAAAUGACAAAUGGCGAAUCAGUCCCCUGCACCCAAUGCCUCCACUCCUCCAAUGCCCAGAGGAUGGCCACCAGCUCUCAAUUACCAACGUCAUAAUUCCUUUCAGCAGGGGACAGACAACAGGAAGAAAAAGCACAUGGAUAUAGUUUCUAGGAAGUGGGGUACCGCUGCGAGAGAACGGCCCCUGCCCCAGUGUCCGAGGCGUCAACCUCCACCACGAACUGGAGGGAGGGGUCAGGGUGUCGCAGGAUGGGAGCACUGGUGAACAGGUUUUUUAGCUGGUCGAAGGCUUGGGAUGCAGCUGGGGUCCACUGGAUUGGAGAACUGGUGGAGCUAAGGCUCGUGAGAGGAAUAGCCACUCUAAUUGCGGAUGAUAGAAAUUGGUGAAUCCCAGGAAACGUAGUUCUUUGCAGGUGGUGGGAGUGAGCCACUGCUUGGAUCUUAGCUGGGUCUGGGUGUAACUGUCCUUUGAUACAGCCAAGGAAGUGUACGGAGGAGAGGUGGAAUUCCCAUUAUUCAGGUUUAACAUAGAGGCAGUUCUCAAGGAGACGCUGGAGGACUUGGCGGACAUGAUGGCGGUGUUCUUCGGGAGAGCGGAAGAAAAUGAGAAUGUCGUCUAAGUAGACGAAACAAACCGGUUCAACAUAUCACGGAGGACGUCAUUAAUGAAGGUUUGGAAAACGGCGGCGCCGUUGGUUAAUCCAAGUGGCAUGACCAGGUAUUCGAAGUGUCCGAGGGGGGUAUUGAAAGCAGUUUUCCAUUCAUCCCCUCUCUGAUGCGGAUGAGAUGGUAGGCAUUGUUUAGGUCCAAUUAGGUGAAUAUCUGGGCGUCACAGAGGGGUUCAAAUGAGGGGUCAAUGAGGGGUAGUGGAGAUUGGUUCUUUACGUUGAUUUCAUUGAGUCCACGGUAAUCGAUGCAGGAGCGGAGAGUGGUAACUUUCUUCUCAACGAGACCACUCAUCGAAUAAGUCCAGAAGUCACUCAUCUAGUCCUCCAUAGCCUUUUUCUCAGGGCGGAAAAGGUUGAAGAGACGGCUGGAGGGGAGAGGGGCUCCUGGCAGAAGAUCGAUCGCGCAGUCAUAAGGCCGGUGGUGGGGUAUUGAAAUGGCAAGAUACUUACUGAAAACAGGGGAGAGAUCAUGAUAUUCUUCCGGCACCUGGGAGAGGUCGACUGGUGUAGCAGGUGGUUGAGGUUUGCUGAAGGGUGGCAUGGCAGAAAGCAGACCGUGCGAAUGGCAGUGAUUGAUAGGUGAGUCCAGUCUAUGGCGGGGUUGUGCUUUCUGAGCCAGGGAAUUCCCAGGACUAACGGAGUCUCAGUUGCAUGGGCUCAUUUGUUGCAGUGAGGAGGCGGUCGGGUGUUCAGAAUGCGGCUGAGGUGCUCACGGUGCAGUGCCCGCGGAGGAUAGAAUUCUACGUGUUCUGACCUCCCUCUCUUGUGCUCUUUCCCGUAAACAGUUGUCCAAGCGGAAGGAUAACAAAAUAAGAGCGUUGAGUGAGGAGGGCUCGUCCCCGGCUGCGAGAUCGUCCUUGAGCUUCUCCGAAAGCCCUUUUAAAAAGAUACCCCUUAGCGCUGCGUCAUCCCACCGGCAUUCACCCCCAAGAAUUCUGAAUUCCACCGAGUAAGAAGCCACGGAACUAGAGCCCUGAGUGAGCGUAAGGAGUUGUCGAGUGGCUUUCCUGCCCUGAACGGAGUGAUCAAAGACUUUUUUAAGUUUGGCGGAAAAGGAGUUAAAUUACGCGAGUACCGGGGAAGAGUUGUGCCAUAACGCGGUUGCCCAUUUAGCUGCUUUUCCGCAUAGGAGGUUGGUGACGAAUGCUACUUUGGCUUGUUCAGUCAGGUAUCUUAACGGUUGCAGAUUUAAAACGCGGGAGCAAUUUAAGAGGAAUUGGCGGAAUGCACCUAAAUCCCCGGAUUAGGGCUCAGGCGGAGGGACAUGAGUCUCUUCGCACGGGAGGCGGGAUGGAUUGGAGGCUGCGGGCUCGGAAGGAGUACUCAAGGGAGGGUGGUCGGACUGCAUUUGGGAAGAAAGGAGGGAUACUUGUUGAGGGAGAGUGUUAAAUGAGUCCAUGAUCUCAUGGUGAACUUUUUCCUGUCUUCCUAUGUGGCCACCUUGCAGAGUGAGUGCUUCUCUUAGUGCCUCCGGGGUUGCUGGGUCCAUGAUGGCCAGAGUAUUCUGUCAUGAUACAAUUGUAUCAAUUUUAACUGGACCCAGAAGCAGGCGGAGGCUGAAGAAGUUUGUGGAGAAUGGUUUAUUGAGAAGGGAUUCGGAGUUGGACCUCUGAGGCAUAAUGGCAGACCGUCGAGACAGGGGACGUGCGGGAGGCGGUGGCAUGAGCAGGUGGAAGGGCUUAACGGCGUGAUUGGAGGGAUAAGCGAGGCGGGGAGCACGGAAGGGGCACUGAGGACGAGGAAGAACAUGGAGGUCAGAAUAAUUGCAAGAACUGGCGUAGCUUACGUGUGAGAGCCGGUGUACCACGGGUGGACGUUAAUACUCUGGCAGUGGAAUCCUGGAUCUGGCAGGCUUAAAUGCAGGUGAUGAUGAAGGCUGAUUGACAACAGGUGGUGCUGAUUACUGGGAAGGGAAAGAGAGGGAGACAGUCGCAAAGCGCCACCCAAGCUCCAACAAAGGAACUGCAGGGCAUAGCUCAUGACA